UCGGACGUCGGCCAGAUUAAAUUUAAUUGGCUCUCCGGUCGUUGAUAAUUUGUGAAAUUUGUGCAAAACGCAUAAUGGCCGGCUUUCGAUUGGCGAUUCUACUGGGUGCGCUGUGUUCGUGCCACUCGUGGCCCAACGACUUGACUGCGAUGCUGGACGAAGGUGAAAAAUGCGCCAAAGUCAUGGACUUGUGGCCGUGCGUUAAGAGAGGCGGCUCGAAAAUCAUGCGGACGGUGUUGGACUACCAAGGCGAGAUACCGUUGUUGGGGUCGUACUUGUCCAUAGUGCCCACCAGAGGAAUGGCGGUGAACGACGAAGGAAGAAAAUAUGCUUCGAACGACUCGUCGGUGUAUUCGAAGAUGCUGGAAUUUUCUGAGAAAAGCCAUCUGCGGAUCAUACUGCCGGUAAAUACAAUCACAUGGUUGGUCGGUGCACCGAUCACGGAAGGACGGGGCAAGAAGGACAAAGGGGCCGGAGUGCUUAUGCUCGGGGGCAUGAUGAUGAUCACCACGUUGAUGUCAACCGCUUUUGGCGCGUUGGCUCUGAUGGCAGCCAAAGGCCUGAUGACCAGCAUCUUGGCGUUAAUGCUUUCCGCAAUGGCCGUGUCUAAGAAAGGCGGUCAUGGACAUGCGAGAACCACUUAUGAAGUCAUAAACGCCCCUCAUGGUUAUACUCAAGGUUCCGACUACAAGUUUACACCCUCAUCGGCGGCAAUUUCGUCAGAAGCGAAUAAUGGAUAUAAUACUGCUAGUGAACCCAUUCAGUAUGGAAAUCAACAAUACGAUUAGGAAGAAAUUGACAUUAGGUGUAUUGUUGUAGUUAUAUAAUAUUAGAAAAUAAUCAAAUAAAGUGUUCACAAAAUAAUUAGAUACAAUA